ACCCACACGCACACAUACGGGUUAGGAUCGCGUGCCUGGAUAUUGAGCUAGGGCUUCCGGUAUUAUUUACUAGAGAGGGCGUAUUUGUUGUGAGGAGAGGAGGUAGAGAACAGAGACUGGCUAGCCUAGGCCUAAUUUUUCCACAAAAAUACACUUAGGCCUACUGUACAUAAGUAUGAUUGGGAAAGCAGUCUGGAGGUUGACAUGUCAACAGCUUUCUAACAAGACUGGUUUUGUGGGUUUACUAAGUAGGCCUAGAAGUUGUGGUAGUGCUUGGCCUAGGCUUCUGUCGUCAUCAUCGACACUGCAACUCGAGGCCACAGAAAGUUGGCCUGCCCUGUGUAAGGUAGAAAGGCUCAGCAGGCUUUAUGGAUUAGGAAAUUUGACGAUUUCCAGAUGCUAUUGUACAUCACAAUCACCUGAUUCAUCAGAAGUGCCAUUUGAGGAACUCGAGAACCUGGUGAAUGCAAAGAAAGGUCAAAUAGUUGAUGUCAGGGAACCGGAGGAACUCCAAACUACAGGCCGCAUUGGGAAGGCAAUGAACAUUCCAGUUGGAGAGAUUGGUGAUGCUUUACAGAUGUCUGAGGAUGCAUUCAAUUCCAAAUAUGGUCAUAAGAAACCAGAUAGCAAUCAGAGUGAUAUUGUAUUCUAUUGUCUAGGUGGAGUCAGGAGUAAGAAGGCUUUAGACACAGCACACUCACUUGGAUAUACCAAGGCAAGACAUUUUAAAGGUGGUUGGAUGGAGUGGGCUGAACAAAAUAAUCUACCGUUACCUGAGUAGUAGAAUUGAGGUUGUAUUUUGUCAGCAAGAGAUGAAAAUGUUGGAAUAAUUUUUUUAUUUAAAUGUAAGAACAGUUGAUGGUAAACAGAUAUUAAGAGAUUUUAAGAGAGUUACUAAAACUAACCAGACGUCUGUGAGGGUCGACAUUCCUAUGCAGUGUUCCAUGACAAAAUCAUUGGCUUCUCGUCAGUGAAAGUUCUUGUUAUCAUGUUUCAUGAUAUAAUGUAACAGAUAUGGUAUAUACUUCCCCAGGGGCUGGAAUCAAGAUAUUUAUUUUAAAAAUUCGUAAUUCAGGUAGAAAUAUUAAGGACUUCAAUGUCCUAAUCUAAAGCAAUAGUAUGUUCCCUAGAGUCGUAAUAAAGUUGUGUAUUGCUUUAAAAGUUUAUCAAAAAAUCAAUAAGCACAGUUACAUGACCAAUAUACAUGUAUGAUGUAUGCAAAAAUUCAAAACCAACAGGUGUUUGGAAACUGUGAAGUUUGCUUGAUUUCAAACUUUCAACGAAUUUGAUGAUGUCAAUAUCACAGACACAUCCAGGCCAUUGCAAAUGUUCCUAUUGCUUUACAGCCUAGAAGCCAAUAUAUAUACAGGAGUAUUGUAUUAUAACUGUAGAUCAGGACUGGAAAAAGUGAGCGACGGUUUUGUACUUUUUUCCCCUCUAGACAACCACUAUUAGUAUACAGAAAAUAUUUGUACUGGAGGCAUUUUGUGAAGAUAAUUUCAUUGUCGGAGGCAAAAAUUUUUUUUUUUUUCCAGGUCUGCUGUAGAUAUAGAUUUUAUAAAUUUAGGUGAUUAUAUAAAAAGCACUAACAAAACAAUGUAUGAGGAACAACCUAAGGAUAUAUUAGCUAUAGGAUUAUAUGUAGAUUAUAUUGUGUAUAAGGUUAUAUAAAUCUCUGCGUUCCUGUUUAUACAUAGCAGAAUAACUGUACUGUAAAGUAAAAAUGAUCUCCAGAGUUAGUCAAAACACUAGGAUGCAUUUGUUCCAGAAAUUUUUAAUUGCUUAAAGCUACGUUCACAUCAAGCCCGGAUCCGGUCCGGAGCCCGGAUAAAAAAUUGUGAGUUACUACGUUUUUUGAACGCUGCGUUCACAUAGCGCGCACGAAACACAGCUGUUCGGGUUAAGUACGCGUGCGUUUGAUUGGUCCGUACCAAUCAAGCUUGUUGCUGAUUGGUCCAAAAAAAAGAAAACGUACGAUUUCAGGAUACAAAUGGCUCUCAGAUCCAUUGGUUCAGAUACGUACGAAUUUGAUGUGAACAGUACCAUUCUUUACCACUGAACCCAUUUUUCACGAUUUUUUCUCCGGAAUCCGGGCUUGAAGUGAACGUAGCUUAACUCAGGGAAUAUAUAAUAAAAAAAUGAAAGUGGAAAUGGUUAUUUCAGCUGUUUGUGUGUGUUACUUGUAACUAGGUCAUGUCAUGUGAUAGUUGUAAAUUAUGAGGUCCCUAAAGUUGGUGUACACAUACAUUCUCCCCCCCCCCCCCAAUUUUUGGUGUAGCUAUCCGUUUCUUUCUAUUCCUGGAUCAGCAUACAGUAGAUGCUUACACCGUACUGAAGAUUCAACUGACAAGCAUAUCAUUUAGAUGUUAAUUGAAUUUGAUGUAUAUUAAAUAGGAACAUUGAAACGAUG